GAUGGAGGCUUUGAGUAUAGUUUAAGUAUAUUUAGGGAUCCUAUGUUAUAAUUUAGGGUAUCAUCUGAAAGCAAGAGUCUAGUAGCUCAGGGAGAAACCACACACUAGAUCAUAGAUCAUGCAUACUCUUCCAAGGGCAUUUAGUUAUAGCCACUUGGGAGAUUCCCAAGGGCUGAAGUAGAGGAAGGUGGAGAGCACAUCUCAAACUAUCCACCUUUCAGCAACGUGGCUACACCUGGUAAUGGGCCUGAGACAUGGAGGCAGGAGGCAUCUUGAAAGCUAAUACAAGGACACCUUGUUUUAUUGCGCUUUGUUGUACUUCACAGAUAGGUUUCCAUCAACAUCAAGGCAAGACCCUCCCAACAGAAAGGAUUCACUGAAGGCUCAGAAGAUGGUUAGCAUUUCUUAGCAAUCAAGUAUUUUUUAAUUAAGGUUAUGUAUUUUUAAGGCAAUGCUAAUGCACACUUAAUAUUUUGACUAUAGUAUAGUUGUAAACAUUACUUACAUGCACUGGGAAACCAAAACAUUUGUGUGACUCACUUUAUUGUGAUACUUGCUUUAUUUUGGUGGUCUGGAACCAAACCCGCAAUAUCUCUGAGAUGUGCCUUGUAAUAACUUCCAGUUAUUGAGCAUUCACUAUGUGCCAAAUGCUUUAUCACAUUUAAUCCUCACAUAAACUAUUAGGUUAUUAAAACUCAAUUAUACUCUUUCAGAAACUGAGGCACAGAUUUUAUUUGACCCAGGUUGCAAGGCAUUAAGUGGUAGAACCAGAUCUCUAUCACAUUUUGUCUUCAAAAUUGUUCAGCAGUAACUCCGAUACUAUGACAGGUUACCAAUUAGAGGCCCCAAAUGUGUCUGUCCUGCUUCCAUCUCGGUGCCAGUCAGCCUGAUCAGCUCAUAUCAAAGACCAAGCCAGGAAGGUGGCCCUCUCCCUUUUCCAUUUCUAUAUCCCUCAUUCACUCGUUAAGAAAGGAAAGUUUUCCCCAUUUGGUGCAUAUCUCGAGUGUCUGUCCCCCUCCCCCGCAUAGACUAAGCACCUAGUGAGCUGGGAUAACUAUUCAACAUACAUGUAUAUUGAAUACUGUGUGUUGAACCCAGUGCUAGGCGGAUACAUAUGCAUGUUUGAGGGCCUGACAUCCCUGGAUCCCGAGUCUUCUGCUUCCCACUGGAUCCAUGCCCACCCCCAAUCCCAAUAAGCCUGAGGGAAGCUGGGAAGCAGGGGAGGGCUGAAUCCUAUGUCAGGGUCCAUCUUAGGGAGAGAAGAGACCUGGGGGUGGGGGGGUUCUGAGGAGUGAAACCACUUCCUGUGUAGCUAGUUCCUGUGUUGACAGAGCUGAAGCGGAGGAGGGGAUGGAGGGAACAGAGCCAGGGGUUGGGGGUCUACUCAGGCUCUGGAGAUGAGAGGGCCAAGAGUCUUCCCCACCUUGAAACCCCUCCACUACUGCUGGAGGAGUUUUUCCCAGUUUCUAUUCCCCUGUGGGGAGAGAGGUCCAGCAAGUAGUUUGGGUGGGAAAAGAGAACUGGAGGAAGUUGACAGGGAUGGGCGGGGCCCGUGGGGGGGCUGACCAGGAACCCAGCUUCCUGCUUAGUACCCAGACAUCCAGCCCCCGGCUCACCCCCACCCCUUCUAGCCUCCACUCCCCUCAGGAACUCAGGGUUCCGGCCCUCCUCCAAAUCCCAGCUACCCCUCCCCCAUCGGUUUCUCCCCUCCAGGGGAUGGAGGCUGAGAGACCCCAGGAAGAAGAGGAUGGUGAGCAGGCCCCCCAUCAGGAUGAGCAUGGCUGGCCUCCUGUGAACACCACUAGUCGGCCUUGGCGAUCUGCUCCUCCAUCCCCUCCUCCAGGGACCCGCCACACAGCCCUGGGGCUGCGCUCGGCCUCCCUGCUCUCCCUGCAGACUGAGCUCCUUCUGGACCUGGUGGCUGAGGCCCAGUCCCGCCGCCUAGAGGAGCAGAGAGCCACCUUCCAUGCUCCCCAAAAUCCCCCAAGCCUAGCCAGAGCCCCACCUCGGCCUGUUGAGGACAGAGAACAGCUCUACAGCACCAUCCUCAGUCACCAGUGCCAGCGGAUGGAAGCCCAGAGGUCAGAGCCUCCCCUACCCCCAGGGGGGCAGGAGCUCCUGGAGUUGCUGCUGAGAGUUCAGGGUGGGGGUCGAAUGGAGGAACAAAGGUCCCGGCCCCCCACACACACCUGCUGAGACCUGAGCCCCCCACCAACCCCUCCGUAACUCCUGAGGCUCAGAGCUGGGCAGCCCACUGCAUGCCCUCAACCCUGCUUGGCAGGGGCACCAGAGACUGGAAGACCCAGCAGAAAUCUCAGUAUUCAUCGCCCUCAUCCACCUUCCCUGGGAACUGGAGAGGGUGAAAGUCCUCAGAUCCUGGGAAUAGUGCAGGUAUGGUGGUCAUUUCAGCCCCUCCCCAAGUACAGGGGAGCUUGAGGCAAUGCGAGGAUCCCAGCUACCUAGGGACACCUACUCUGAUCUCAGGGAGUGGCUUGGCGUCUUGGUCCUGAGAUGUAGGCACACCCCUAGUAAUCAAGCCACUAGGCAGUAUCUGAGGGAUCAGUCCUCCAUCCCCAAGAAAAGACAAAUUCCCUAAGGUUAUGACCUGAGAGACAGUUCCACCUUCUUCCCAGUCUGAAGAAAAGGAGGAUGGGCACAGCAAAGAGAUAAAGACUCUUCUCCUACCCUCACCCCCAGCGAACCCUAGCCCCAGGACUAAGGGGCCUACAGGCUGUGAAUGGACACUUAACCCUGUCUGAUGUUUUGGUUGUAUGAAUAAAUGUAAUUCCCCUCUGGA